AUGGACCUAUAUAGCUUAUCUCAACUCUUACGUGGUCCUGGAGAUACAGUGCAAACAAUUGAAGUUGACAAUGAAUGGCCACACCCAGGUAUAUCUGUGGAUUUGACGGAUUCCAGCUGUCCGUCUGAGAUAUCCUCAGACGAUGACUUCUUACAGUUGCCGUGGCCACCAGAAGCACCAGAUGAAUCUACGAGAAAUACAACAACCGAACCCAACGGGGGUGCGGCUCAAAAACAACGCUGCAGUUGGCACUUUGAACGACAUUUCGAUUAUAUGGUUGACAGAAAUCUGCGGCCACUGGAGGACUACAUGCUACCACAAUGCCAAAUACCUGGAGGUACCGGCAUAGGUAUUAAUGCUCCAGAGCUUGCGUAUUACUCGGGAAGUAGCGGCGCAUCACUGCAAGAGGCCUUGUCCAUGCUUCUGCAAAGCUACAAACUAGAAUGGAAGAAAAUAUUCGGCAAUUUCGAGUGUUUGGAAAAUGGACGUAUCAAUAUGUUACAAACCUCAAUUGAUCGGGAUUUCCAACAUCUUAUGGACCCUGCCAAUAUUGCAGAUGUGCCCUGGGUAGGGACGAUGGUUGAGGAGGUGGUGGCUCCCAACGUAUCAUUCCCGUCAACUGUUACACUACCUAGCGGUGAUACGUCGACAUAUAGUAAAUCGAGAUCGUCAACAACUGACAGACAAUCAACCUUUUCACCGUUCCACUCAACUACCACAGACGAUUCCAAUUCCACUGGAAGUGUUGAGAGAACCAAAGCACCAUUGGUCUCUCCACAACGAGGAGAUAGUCUGAGGGGUCAUAAUAUGAAUAGGAGCACGGGAUCUUGCCCGGGGUAUCUACGUAACGAGUGUGAAAUGCUUGCCAUUUUGGAAAAACAUGGCUGCGAACCAUUCUAUACAUUCUUGGAUCAACUGUUCGUAGGACUGGAGGGGUGUCGUGUGGCUGCGAGAUAUGCUCAAGCUUUAGAUCUCCUGACUGGUGUGAUUCGCCUAAUGCCCGAACUAAUUUGUCUACUUAUUGGACCAAGCGUCGGUCAAAAGGAAACAAGCGGCAGACGACCAUGUUAUUUCCGGAGGCUAGUUAUAUUAGUCCGUUCAUUUCUGAAAUAUAUGGGAAUGGAAACAUCUGUGCCUUUGACGGAGAUAUAUAAGGAUGCAUCCGGCGGCCGUUUUACGCCAUUCUACUUACUCACCGGCGAGAAGGAGUUGGCCGCCAGGCACGCCAAAGCGGCGAUGACUGCGACAUUACUUCUGCGUCUAUUCACACUGACCAGAUUUAUCAGUGAAAAAUGCAUGGGUUGGGUGCGCCUAUUUCUUGACAAUGCAAACUAUUCGAAAAAACUAAUACACCGCUUGAAACGCUUUGUUUACCUGCCACUAUUCUCGAUGAAACAGGUUCAUGAAUUGGUGAUCCCAAUGGCAGGGAAAUUUACUUGUACUCAGACAUGCCUCCUAGAUUUCGAUUAUUUGCAAUGGAUACGCUGGUACUUAUACCCUCCGCCGCAUCUAUAUUUGCUGCGUUCCGAGCUACUUGGAUUACUACGGGUAUGCGUCUCAACUACUCAACUGAAUCUCUGCGGCUGGUACGCUCGAUUGAAUGAGGCAUUGAAGGCACAUAAUGAAACAACCACAGGGGCUGAUCACGAUACAACACUACGGCUACACCUGUUCCUAUUAGUCACAGGCAUGUCCUUUUUCGUAGCACCCGAAUUCUUAAGUACCUGCGUCGGCAACCCUGAAUACUUUUUCGGAAGUUACUCUCUUCUACUGCCACAUGUACAGUGUGCAUUACAGAAGGUGGCACUGGAUGGGUUUGUAGAAGGGGAAGUCUACCCGUUUCAGGAAAGGGUGAUUGAUUUGCUCAAGGUCACGGUGGACAGUGAGAUACUCUCUGGCAAAAUGCUAGGGCUACAUUGCACGUCACCUGUACAGCCUAAUAUGCUCUGUAGGAUACUAGCACUCGCAUGGCAUUAUGUUUCUGCUCCUAAAAUUGGAGAUGAAGAGUCUAGCGUUACGAUGAAACUGGUUGUCGAGAAUUCGCCGGACACAGAUGAUAUUGACAACGCUUGUUGCGGUGAAUGCAAAAAUUUGGGUCUCUACUCAGCUUGCUGCAGUAUAAUGUUACUGAGAAACGUCUCACCAGUACCUGUUCGAUUCCGUUUAAGCCGCUCUCCUUUGCACCCAGCAAGAUGUCUACUUACAACGGCUGACGAACUCGAAUCUAAAGUGCGUCGAAACGAAGAGUUCGUGAACCAUUCUAGAAUCGCAGCUAACGACCAUGUUUUCAUACGUGGCAACGUUUCAAGACACAGUCCUUUAGAGAUGGUUUGCAAAAUGGACGAUGCUUCUAGCCCAAGGAAGGAAGUCACUAAGGAUACACAUAUGAGCACUAUGGAUCAGGUUUUCGAUGUGCCAGCAUCCGUGAAACGCUGUACUCUCGGAUGUUUACUUCGUCGACACGCACCAGACCAGGGUACCCCCGUAGUUGAUGAAUUGCGAUGGGCCGUUGUACUACAGUGUGUAGGUACAAUAACCCGAUUCAUGAACAAAAAUACCGAUCCACGAUCACUCUCAAAACCCAAUGCCGAAGCUGUGUUCGGAUCACUGUCCCCUAUUUGGAGAGCGCUAGUGGAGUUGCUGUGUAGUACGGAGCUCAGCAAUAGGUUACCAGAAUGCGAGGCGUCCGUCGGACACAAAGUCCACUGA